GAGUCAUUAACCAUUUUCUGUCUUCUCCUUCUCUCUCUCUAUCAAUAUCAGAUUCUCUCAUCUCUCUCUAACGCCGAUGGUGUCAUAUCGACCACGAACAAUCACGGCCUGCUGCUGAUGAUCCGUUUCUUCUCGAUCUCUCGAGGAAUCUGGUUUCAUCGGCAACGGCGAUAUGGCUCAGAGUUGAUUCCCGCAUUCUUGAUUGGGAUCAUUUUCCAUUGGUUGGCCCUCUUUCCCAGAUCCCUAUAGUAUGGGUGAAUGACCUGUUGAGGUGAUAUACAGAUAUAGUAAGAAUAAGUCUAUACAAAAUGGCUUCCGUAGGUUUAGCACCUACUACUGGUGCAAGAGAAUCCAGUGGGCACACCGUUGGUGUUGAUAGGUUGCCUGAGGAGAUGAAUGACAUGAAAAUCAGAGAUGAUAAGGAUAUGGAAGCAACUGUUGUUGAUGGAAAUGGUACUGAGACAGGUCAUAUAAUAGUGACAACUAUUGGUGGUCGAAAUGGUCAGCCAAAACAGACUAUAAGCUAUAUGGCUGAACGUAUUGUUGGGCAUGGAUCCUUUGGAGUAGUGUUUCAGGCAAAAUGCUUAGAGACUGGUGAAACUGUUGCUAUAAAAAAGGUUCUUCAGGACAAAAGAUAUAAGAAUAGAGAAUUACAAACUAUGCGCCUUCUUGACCACCCAAAUGUUGUAUCCUUGAAGCACUGCUUCUUUUCUACAACUGAUAAGGAUGAACUAUAUCUUAAUCUGGUUCUCGAGUAUGUUCCGGAAACUGUUCACCGUGUUAUCAAGCACUACAACAAGUUGAAUCAAAGAAUCCCUUUGAUAUUUGUGAAGCUUUAUACAUAUCAGAUUUUCAGGGCAUUGUCUUACAUUCAUUGCAGUAUUGGAGUGUGUCACAGAGAUAUUAAGCCUCAGAACCUUUUGGUGAAUCCACAUACUCAUCAAGUUAAAUUAUGCGACUUUGGCAGUGCGAAAGUUCUGGUUAAAGGAGAGCCCAAUAUUUCUUACAUCUGCUCUAGAUACUAUAGAGCCCCAGAGCUUAUUUUUGGAGCAACAGAGUACACUACAGCCAUUGAUGUAUGGUCUGCUGGCUGUGUCCUAGCUGAGCUACUUGUUGGCCAGCCUUUGUUUCCUGGUGAAAGUGGAGUAGACCAGCUUGUUGAGAUCAUUAAGGUGUUGGGUACUCCUACCAGGGAAGAAAUUAAAUGCAUGAAUCCUAACUACACAGAGUUCAAAUUCCCACAAAUUAAAGCUCAUCCCUGGCACAAGAUAUUUCAUAAACGGAUGCCACCAGAAGCAGUUGACCUAGUUUCUAGACUGCUGCAAUACUCUCCAAAUUUACGCUGCUCUGCUUUGGAUGCCUUGACCCACCCAUUCUUCGAUGAGCUACGUGAUCCCAACAUUCGCCUCCCAAAUGGACGCUUUCUUCCACCCUUAUUCAACUUCAAGCCCCACGAGUUGAAGGGUGUGCCAACCGAGACCAUCGUGAAAUUGAUUCCCGAGCAUGCCAGGAAGCAAUGCCCCUUCCUGGGAUUAUGAGUUCCCAAAUUAUGACAGACAAAUAUGCCUUUGGAACUGAGCUUUUUAUUACUAUAUUCUGUCUGUAAUGAAUUGUUUGUAUUUGUAUUGUAUCCCUCGGUCGCUGUGGUACCUUAUUAUUAUUAUAUUAUUAUUAUUAUUAUUGUUGUUGUUGUUGUUGUUGUUGUUAUUAUUAGUAUUAUUAAUUAUUAUAUCAUUGCUUUUGUAAAAGCAGAUGUAGGGAAAUGCUCUUUGACAAAAACCAAGCUUCAACUUGUGUA